AUGCGAGCAGUUCUAUUGUGGACUAUUAGUGACUUUCAUGCAUAUGGGAUGUUGUCGGGUUGGACGACGCAUGGAAGACUAUCUUGUCCAUAUUGUAUGGGAAGCACAGACGCAUUUCAGUUGAAGAAUGGUAGGAAAACGUCUUGGUUUGAUUGCCAUCGAAGAUUUCUUCCCAUUAACCAUCCAUACCGAAGGAACAAGAAAUUGUUUCGGUCAAAAAGGGUUGUAUGGGACACCGCUCCACCAUAUUUAUCUGGAGAGGAAAUCGAGAAGGAUAUUGAUUACUAUGGUGGAUGCAGCACAGUCAUCAAAGGCGGUAAUUGGCAUACUCCUGCAAAUAUGCCUGAUGGUUACGGGACUCAGCAUAAUUGGCACAAGAAGAGUAUAUUUUGGGAACUUCCAUAUUGGAAAGAUCUACUUCUGCGCCACAAUCUUGACGUGAUGCAUAUAGAGAAGAACUUCUUUGACAACAUCAUCAAUACAUUGUUGAAUGUCCCCGGCAAGACAAAAGAUAACAAGAACUCAAGGUUGGAUUUGCCUGCAUUAUAUUCUCGGAUUGAGCUGCAUAUUAGAAACGAUGGGAGAAUUCCAGUUCCCAUUUUCAGAUUGUCAGCAGAAGCAAAAGCAGCGUUGUUCAAGUGGGUGUCAUCAGAUGUGAAGUUUUCUGAUGGAUAUGUUUCAAAUCUAUCAAGAUGUGUUGAUCAUCAGGGACAGAAGUUUUCAGGGAUGAAGAGUCAUGACUGUCAUGUUUUUAUGCAACGACUUCUACCAUUUGCAUUUGCGGAGUUGCUUCCAAAAAAUGUUCACGAAGCACUUGCAGGCAUCGGAGCUUUUUUCAGAGAUCUCAGUGCACGCACCUUAACUAUAGAUGUCAUCAGACAACUUGAUGAGAAUAUCCGGAUCUUGAUGUGCAAUUUGGAGAAAAUUUUUCCUCCGUCCUUUUUUGACGUCAUGGAACAUCUGGUUAUCCAUCUUCCGUAUGAGGCACUACUUCGUGGACCUGUUCAUAAUGGAUGGAUGUAUCCUUACGAGCGAGCUAUGAAAUAUUUGAAAGGGAAAGCAAAAAAUCUGGCAAGGGUGGAAGGUUCAAUAGUUGCUGGGAGUUUGAAUGAGGAAACAUCUCACUUUACGUCCUACUACUUUGGGUCACAAGUCCGGACACGGAAAAGGACUACGAGCAGAUAUGAUGAUGGUGGUGUUAUACCGACAUAUUUUGGUGAAGAUGUUCCAGACAUUUUCUGUCAGAUUGGACGGCUAGGUGGAAAACUGAAAGAAGUUUGGUGGUCGAGUUCAGAAGACGCUCAUAGUGCCCAUACAUAUAUACUCCUUAACUGCGAGGAGAUUGAGUUAUUUGAAAGCGAUUUUGUUGCCCAAGUCGAAGAGGCUAUACCAGGAGUAUCAAACAAUGAUCUCAACAAAAGGAAAGACCAACACUUUGUGAAAUGGUUAAAAACGCAGGUUCAGUAUGAUGAUCAAUUUUAUCCUCAGUGGUUUCACGAAUUGAUACAAGGUCCGGUCGGUAAGGUCACCACAGCACCAAUGUAUUUCACACGAGGAUACACUUUUCACACUUACGAAUAUGGAAGUCGGCGAGCAACAAUGAAUUAUGGAGUUUGUGUAAAAGGUGAAACAGAUUUCUAUGGAAUCAUAAAAGAGAUCAUCGAAGUGGAGUUUCCCGGCGUAAUAAAGCUUAAAUGCGUUCUUUUCAAAUGUGACUGGUUUGACCCCACAGUCAACAGAGGUGUUCGGUAUAGCAAGUUUGGUGUUGUUGAUGUAAAUGCUACACGGAGGUACAACAAAUUUGAACCUUACAUAUUGGCUUCUCAAGCAGACCAAGUUUGUUUUGUUCCAUACCCGAGGAUCAGACAAUCUGGAAUAUCUUGGUUAGCCGCUAUGAAAGUUACACCUCGGGGCCGAGUAUUGAGUACUGAUGAACAACCGCCUUUACAAGAAGAUGCCGUGAAUGAAGUAGAAGUACCCGAACAAGCGGAAGAUGUUAUCUUACUCAUUGAUCCGCAUAAUCCGGGAUAUGAAGAACUUCCAGAAGAUACAAUGGACGAAGCCAACGAAGAUGAAUUUGAAGAAAAUGAUGAAGUGGAUGAUGUUUCUGAUGACGAGUGA